AUGGCGCUCCGCGCGGGAGGGCCGGCGCUGGCGCUGCUGCGGGGCCGCCUGCACCUCCCCGGUCCCGGCACCCGCGGGCACGCCCGGCUCGGCCGCUCCGGCGCCGCCGCGCAGCCGGCUGCCGAGGAGCCGGGGGAAGAUGCUGAAGUCAGUACCAGAAAGAAGACAUUUGCUGAAGUCCUAACAGAACAACUGGAUCAAGCUGAACGGACUGUUUUAAUUAAGUGCCCAUCAAAACUUAAUGAAAAAAUAUUAUUGCAGUACUUAUCCAGUCAUGGGAAUGUUAAGAGUCAUUUCUUUUUUGAAAAUCGUGGCAUCAAUGCUUUAAUAGAGUUUUCAGAAAAGAGCAGUAUAGCCUCGUUGCAGGAUGCUGUUGGGAUCCCUAGUGCUUCAGAGUAUCAUGUUGUCCCAUUUAAAUCAAGACUUUUUACUUUCACACUGAAAAACCCAGUGAGUCAACAUGUUGAAGAGACACCACUUCACCUCUCUCCUCAGUGUCACAUUCCAGUGAAAGACCUUAUUGAAAAGCUUUGUCUUGCAGACAGUAUAAGCAGUCAGAUGUACAUUCUACUGAAUGAGUAUCAGCUUACAGAAGAAAACAUCAAGCUGCGAUUUCUGGCCUGUUCUUUGGUUCAGGAUUUUGCACGUGCGUAUUUCCCAGACAGCACAGUAAAGCCAUUUGGCUCUUCAGUCAACACGUUUGGCAAAUUGGGAUCUGAUGUGGACAUGUUUUUGGAUUUCCGUGAUACAGGAAAACAUGCUGCAAAAAUGAAAAAAGGUCCUUUUGAAAUGGAGUAUCAGAUGAAAAGAUUACCAUCUGAAAGAUUAGCAACUCAGAGGAUUCUUUCUGUGAUUGGUGACUGCCUUGAUAAUUUUGGUCCUGGCUGUGUAAAUGUACAGAAGAUCCUCAACGCCCGCUGCCCUCUGGUGAAAUUUUCCCAUCAGCCGACAGGAUUCCAGUGUGAUCUGUCAGUAAGCAACAGCAUUGCAAUCAGGAGUUCAGAACUCUUGUAUAUCUAUGGCUGUCUUGAUUCCCGUGUACGAGCAUUAGUGUUCACUAUACGGUGUUGGGCCCGUGUUCAUGGACUUACAAAUAGUGCUCCUGGUACCUGGAUUACAAACUUCUCCCUGACCAUGAUGGUCAUGUUUUUUCUGCAGAGGAGAUCGCCACCUAUCAUUCCAACCCUAGACCAACUUAAAGAGCUGGCAAAUGAAAAAGACAAGCAUAUAAUUGGAGGAUAUGAUUGCUCAUUUGUUAGUGAUUUAAGGAAGAUUAAACCUACAAAAAAUACAGAAACACUUGAUGAAUUGUUGGGUGAGUUUUUUGAAUAUUUUGGAAACUUUGAUUUCAGAAAGAAUUCCAUCAAUCUUCGAAAGGGAAAGGAAGUAAAUAAGCCUGAGUCGUCUCCUCUUUAUAUCUGGAAUCCCUUUGAACAAGACCUUAAUAUCAGCAAGAAUGUUAAUCAGCCACAGCUGGAGAAAUUUGUAGCUAUGGCCAGAGAAAGUGCCUGGAUUUUACAGAAGGAAGAUAAAACUCAGCAAAUUAUCAAUAAAGAACCUUGGGGACUGGCAGCUCUACUGAUACCAUUUGGAAAAAGUAAUUCCAGCAGGAUGAAGAAUAGGAUGAAAGGAAUGGGAAGUGAAACAAUCAGAAGCCUCUUGGACUCUUUAAAGUUAAAUAAUGCAAACAGUCAACAGAAAGCUGUGGGAAAAUGACUUUAAGCACAGAAACACAGUAGCUAAUAUUCUGUUUUAGGAAUUGAACGUGACACGGAGUCCAAAAAACAAACAUUUUAAUAUUUCUAUUAUGGGGAAUGGAGAAUCAAACACUCUGUUUUUCAUCGUGAUGAUUUUUGUACAGGUCUGCUUUCUUUCUGUACAUUUUUCUCCUCCUUACUCCUCACUUUUCCAUCUGUUUUAUGAAUGAAUAGUAAUCAAAUGUAAGUUUUACAGAUGCGUUUUGGAAGUCGCCUUCAGUUGGGCACUCUUCUGUAAAAAAGGCUGACAGGAGCAGUAUGGGAAAAAGCCUUUGGGAAUUCCCUUGGCUAGCAUACAAAUGAUAUGCUAAUUAAAAGCUCAAGAAACAGCCACCUUUCCAUGAAACCACAGUCUGAAAGAAGAUAAAUGUGUUGGAACCAUUGUUUCCAAUCCAGUCAUGUUUUGGAAGCCAGUAAAACCGAAGUGCGUGUAUCUAUUUGCAAUUGUUUUCCAUUCGUGUAGAUAGUGCCAAGACAAAAUAAAGAGAAUGGAAGUA